AAUUUCCGCCCCACAUUUUGUCCUUCACACAACCGUUGCCGAAGAGAGUUGCCAGUUGCUCCAAACAACAACAAGCUACGCUGUACACUGUGUAGAUACAAAAUGGACUAUUCCCCGAAGCAGGUCAACAUUUUCAUUUGGCAAAUAUUCACUGCCUUUUUUCUGCUGUAGCUAUGGCUGCCGUUGCAAGCGAUUACUACAGAGACAAGGCAACCGUAUUCGGUCAUCUACCAUGGUAUCUGCUCUUGUUCAAGUCAGUCUUGUAUCUCGUGUGGACACUGCUUCACAAUCACAUUGAGACAACUGUCAUCUCUCGAGAGAUAUUAUAUACUUUGAUGAAUGCGUUACUUGUCGCAAUUCUUUUGACCCCAUUGGUUUCGGGCUCGCUCCUAUCUCACGAUCAUGAAGGGUUACUUUUGCUUCAUUUUCAUCUAUGUGCGACGAUGGCAAAAGUACCAACUCUGAAGAAGGAUGGUGUCUCGACUUCUGAAGAAGCUUCAGAAUGGAAAGAAGCUUUAGUGUGGAAGAUACGUCCUUGUCUACGGUGGGAAAUCUGGGUUUUCGAUGCACUCAGCUUUGUCUGUUUUCUUACCACAUGAUUCUUCAUCAAGAGCCCGACCCGACAACUGACUAUGCCACCGGCGUGACUCAGACUCUGCGCCUGGGAGGAGGAAUUCGAAGUCAAGUUGUGCUCUUUUUAUUGCAGGUCAUCACAUUCUUUCCCUUGCAUGUCCGGAAAUUGAGUUACGAAGUUCUCAUCGCAAAACAUAGCUCGGUGGAGUGGAUUGUGGGCCGCCUAGUCGGCCUCCGGACAAUAUUCACUAUGAACUUGGUCCUACUGCUAUCCACCGCCUUUUCGAAUCAGCGAUGGCUGUUCUUUCCAGCGUUCUUCAUUCAUUUUGUUGCGGCUUUCAUUUUUCGAAUUCCUAUCAGUCGCAACGAAUCUCGCGUACUGCGGGAACAUCGAGUCUGUUAUUUGGCAAUGGUCAAUUCCUUGCUUUACGAAGAGUCUUGAUUAAUAAUAGAAAGGAGCUUGGAAGUUUCCGGAGGAGGGAGACCGCUACUAUCAACUGUUUACCUACCAAUUCAAUGACGAUGACAUUGGCAAACAACAAUAAGGCUAAUCCCAUAAUUAUCUAAGAUAUCAUAGCAGAAAAUACUUCACUGC